AUGGCACCCAAGAGACCUCUCGAAGAUGAUGCGGCUGCAUCGCAGCCAAAGAGGCCCCGCACAGGAUUCAAAGUCGGCCCCGACAACCUACCAGACGGAACAUGGAGAAGAAAAGUGGUCAAGAUCAAGAAGGAUCUUAUCUACAAGGCUAAGGUCAAGAAAUCCUACGCCAAAAUCAAAGCACGGGAGCCGAUCGAAGAACCUCGGGCACUCGCUGCCAUCCUCCAAGAGCCUGCCCCCGAACCGUCCCAAGUAAUCCACCCCGAACGACAGGCUAUGCUCGAUGCUCCCAAAGAACCAACCCCGCCACCUCAAUCCGAAUCACAACAGCGUCCUAGGGAGAGACGGCCAAAGCGGCCGAAGUAUUUCGAGAAGGAGCUAGCAAUUGCAGAACAGCGGAAAGCGGAGGCAGAAGCUAGGAGAGCGGAAUUCGAGAGGAGGGACAGAGAACGAAGACAGAAGAUUGAGGAGAGGGAGCGGUUCCGGAAGGCGAUGGCUAAGGCGAGGACGGGUGGGAAGAAUGGACAAAGGAAAUUGGGGAAAGAGUCGAAAGUGCUCUUGGAAAGGGUUAAGAAGAUGGUCGGCGAAUAA